AUGCAGCAGCCUAGGAGUUAUGCUGAUCCUGUCCAGGAGCAGGAUGUUGUGGAGGGGUUCACAUGGAGCCAAGGCAUCCCAUUUGGAGCUGCCACAUCCUAUGUACAUCUAGAGAAGCUGUGUUAAGGAUCCUGUGCAACUGUGUACAAGGGGAUCAGCAGGAUCAAUUGCCAGUUGGUGGCAUUGGAAGUGACCAAUCUGGAGGCAGAGGAGGGAGUGUCCUAUACAGCCAUUCUGGAUGCUUCUCUUCUCAAGCAUUUGAAACAUGCCAACAUUGUACUGCUUCAUGACAUUAUCCAGACCAAGAAGACACUAACAUUUGUCUUUGAGUACAUGCACACAGAUCUAGCACAGUACAUGGGCCAGCACCGUGGAGGACUUAAUUUGUGCAACGUUAUGCUCUUUAUGUUUUAGCUUUUGUGUGGCCUGGCUUACAGCCACCAACAACACAUUCUUCACCAUGAUCUGAAACCCCAGAACCUGCUCAUCAGUUGCCUUGGUGAGCUCAAAUUAGCUGAAUUUGGCCUUGCUCAUGCCAAGUCUGUCUCCAGGCAAACAUACUCCUCUGAAGUGGCAACACUUUACUGUCCUCCUGAUGUGUUGCUUGGAGCUAAAGGUUAUUCUUCUAAUCUAGGUAUCUGGAGUGCAGGCUGUAUAUUUGUUGAAAUGAUCCAGGGCCGGCUAAUAUUUGCAGGUACUUCUGGUACUUGUGAACAGCUGGUGAAGAUCUGGGCAGUAUUGGGAGUCCCAGCUGAGGACACCAGGCCAGAACCUUCCAAGCUCCCCAGGUGUAACUCAGAACUGGUUGCUUCCAGGAGACCUCAGAGACUCCAAGUCAUCUGUGACAGGCUGAGCAAGGUGCCAGUAGCAGAGGAUUUGGCCUUCUGUAUGCUUAGAGCCCUUCCUUGAGCCUGGAUCUCUGUGCAACAUAUGCUUCUUCAUGUCUUCUUCAGCCCUCUGCCUCCUCAGCUCUAUCGGAUCCCUGCUGGUCUCUCAAUGCUCACAGCUCCAGGAAUGAGACUGCAACCUGAAAGCUGUGACCUGUUUACUUCUUACCGAAAAAGCUGUCUCUCAGGAGGUUCAAGCAAGUGUUGGUAG